AUACCACUGGCUCUGUGUGCUCAGUCACUUUGUGCCAUUCCACCAAGUCGGAGCCAAAGGAAGUUUGAAAAAUGAACAUUUUAGCAAGCCUUAUUCUGGGACUUGUCAUCUUUGAUGCCGCUGUGACAGCUCCAACUCCAGAUUCCAUCAACUAUGACUCAGAAACCUAUGGUGCCACCUUGGAAGACUUUGAUAACUUAUACAACUAUGAAAACAUACCAAUUGAGCAAGCUGAGAGUGAAAUAGCAACAAUGAUGCCUUCCGGAAACAGCGAGCUCCUCACUCUGCCCCCACAGCCAGAAGAAACUCAGGAGGAGGAAGAGGAAGAAUCCACCCCCAGGCUAAUUGAUGGGUCUUCCCCACAGGAGCCUGAAUUCACAGGGGUUCUGGGCCCACACACCAAUGAAGACUUUCCAACUUGCCUUCUGUGUACUUGUAUAAGUACCACUGUAUACUGUGAUGACCAUGAACUUGAUGCUAUUCCUCCACUGCCCAAGAAUACUGCUUAUUUCUAUUCUCGCUUUAACAGAAUUAAAAAGAUCAACAAAAAUGACUUUGCAAGCCUAAAUGAUUUAAAAAGGAUAGAUUUGACAUCAAAUUUAAUAUCUGAGAUUGAUGAAGAUGCAUUCCGAAAGCUGCCUCAACUUCGAGAGCUUGUCCUGCGUGACAACAAAAUAAGGCAGCUCCCAGAAUUGCCAACUACUUUGACUUUUAUUGAUAUUAGCAACAAUAGACUUGGAAGGAAAGGGAUAAAGCAAGAAGCAUUUAAAGAUAUGUAUGAUCUCCAUCAUCUCUACCUCACUGAUAACAACUUGGACCACAUCCCUCUGCCACUCCCAGAAAAUCUACGAGCUCUUCACCUUCAGAAUAACAACAUUCUGGAGAUGCAUGAAGAUACCUUCUGCAAUGUUAAAAAUGUGACUUACAUCCGUAAGGCACUGGAGGACAUUCGACUGGAUGGAAAUCCCAUUAAUCUCAGCAAGACACCUCAAGCGUACAUGUGUCUACCUCGUUUGCCCAUUGGGAGUCUUGUCUAAUUUCAGAUAAUGGUUAACAUUUUGAUAUCUACCAUAACAAAAACAAUCGUUAUUGCUUCCUUCAUAAACAAAAAGCAUGAGAUUUUCAAAUUAUGUUCUGAAAUCUGUGAUUACAUAA